UUUGCGCGUUGUGGAGAGGUGCGAGUGAGAGAGCGGCCAGCGGAAGGGCGCAGAGGUAGGGGGCGGGAGGCGCGGCUGGAGACGGAAACCGACUGUGGGUUAUCUAAGGAAUAAUUUAGCCUAGAUGUGUUUCUGCACUUCCUGGAAGAAUGACAGAUGACAAAGAUGUACUCAGAGAUGUGUGGUUUGGAAGAAUACCAACCUGUUUUAUGUUGAAUCAAGAUGAGAGUACCGAAAGAGAAGCGGAACCAUACUAUCUGCUUUUACCUAGGAUAAGCUACCUGACACUUGUAACUGACAAAGUGAAAAAACAUUUUCAAAAGGUUAUGAGACGAGAGGACAUCGGAGAAAUAUGGUUUGAAAAUGAAGGUACCCCUUUGAAAUGGCACUAUCCCAUUGGUUUACUAUUUGAUCUUCAUGCUUCAAAUGCAACCCUUCCAUGGAAUAUCACAGUACAUUUUAAGAACUUUCCAGAAAAAGAUCUUCUGCAUUGCUCCUCUAAGGAAGUAAUUGAAGCUCAUUUCAUGGGUUGUAUAAAAGAAGCAGAUGCCUUAAAGCAUAAGAGUCAAGUAAUCAAUGAAAUGCAAAAAAAGGAUCAUAAGCAACUUUGGAUGGGGUUGCAGAAUGAUGGUGAAAAGAAGACUCAAGUGAUGAUUCAUGGAAUAGAACCAAUGUUGGAGACACCAAUACAAUGGCUAAGUGAACAUAUGAGUUAUCCAGAUAACUUUCUACACAUCAGUGUUAUUCCAUUAUCUGCAGAUUGAAGUGACAUCAUGUUUGUCUGAGGAUCAGCCAUUGUUGGGGACAGCAAAAUGUACAACUAAAUUCAAUCAAGCUUGGUGAGAUUGACCUGACCAAAAAUCUUUGCUCCUGCCAACUGAACAGACGAAAGAUCCUUCAUGUGAUAACAGCAGUUGAGCUGGCCAAGUUUUGCAUUAGCCCUUUUUUCCAAUGUCAUCAUUAACUUUGAAUGUGGAGCAUGAAGGCUACUGCAAAUCUUCUAUUUUUCUAAUGGUAAAUAUGAAGUGGAGAGCAUGAGGAAUAAGUGGAAAUAUGCACCACUUUGUUUCUUAUUAAUCAAUAAAAGAGGUUGUUUUCCAAAGUUGUAAUGACUUACCUUUAAAAUAAAAUCUGAUUUAUUCUAGAAAAUUAGAUAAGUAUCCUGUAAAAAUUAAUGUGUAGUAUCCUUUUAGAAAAAGAUGGCAUGCUAACGUCCUUUCCCUGGGGUUUCAUACACGAAGUUUCUUUCCAAUUUUAUACUUGGCAACUGAAUUUUUAAACAGCCACGUGUUUUGUAUUGCACAAAUUACAUUAGUGAUCCUAAACACAUUACUAGCAUCAUAAUCUUACAGGCAUUAUUAUGCCUUAGUUCAAAAUAAUACUGUAACAUUUCUUGCAUAAUUUACAUAUAGUGUGACAUUGAAUAUGCUCAGAUAAAUGUCUUGAAUGCAUGCUGCAAGAUGGUUGAAUAACUGGGUUCUCUUAUCAGCCGAAUAGCACCACAGGUGGAAGGUUUUUUUCUUUUCAUCCAGCAGUUUCCUAUAUGAUCUACUACCUGCUCUGGCAAGUCAAAGAACAAGGUUUAGUGAAAGUAGGAUGAAUAUAAGAAGGGAGGGAGCCCUGUUAUAUGGCCAGGUGUCCACUCAUAUGACACUGAGUAGAGUCCCAAACUAUUGGACAAUGUAAUUUUUUUUAAAAAAAUCAGAAAUAUAUUGGUGUCAGUGAAGGAGGGGGUCAUAUGCAGCAAAAAAGUUUAACAUUUCUUUGUAAGAAGAAUUUUGGAAGUUUCAAGGGUUGGAUUAUUUUUUGGCUCCCAAAGAAGUAAUGGAUAGAUGAUACUGAACACAUCUCAAAUACGCUGAAGCCCUAGUAAGAGUCAAAUGGAGGAGUCCUGUUUCCAACAAUACUUUCUGACAGCGUAGUACAACUUUAGCACAUUAGUUCUAAGCAUCUAACGUAAAACAAGGUGGAUAGAUCAAUAUUAUCAUAGAUACAUUUAAAAAAGCCUUACAAGAUCAAAGUUGUUUCAUAAUUUUUAAUACCAGAAAAGUCCAUUUUUAAAUUAUGUCUUGUGCUUCUGGCCCUAGUAGAGUUUGGGAUUUAUUUUUUAUAAUCCAUAAUUUAAAAUUAUAUUUGGAAAUAUUAGAGAUUUCUUCACAUUUGUUUCAGAACUUUUCAAAAGAAGAUGAAAGUCUUACUACUAGAGACAUACUUUGAUUAUAAUGAAGACUUGCCAACAGUAGGAAUUGCCUCCUUUAUUCCAGUAGUAAAUAAGAGAAGUAAUGUUUGGGAAUAUGAAUGUAUGCUGAUUUUUUACCUAACUGCCUUGUAUCAUCUUCUAAAUAAGAUUUUUUUUCAUGACUACUAGAUAUUAUAAAAUAUAGAAAAUUUUCUUGAAAUAAAGUUUGCCAUUCUCA